GAAACAAGGAUAAACUAAUCCUGCAAAAUGAAGACGACAGUAUUCAUAGCAGUGAUGGUAGCUGGGAUAGCCUACGCGGUGGGCGUCACCGUCUUAUACGAGAGGUGCAACGAGAACAAGUGUGUCUCACGAGUCAGCAAGUGUCAGCUGACUGGGGCUUGCGGUUGCACGCUAGACAACUGUACUUGCUGCGUUAACUGCACUCUCUGUCUGGCAGAGCUGUGGGACGAUUGCUGCUCCUGCGUCAAUAUGUGCAAACCACGCAACAUGUCCGCAACGGAUAUGGCUAGCUACAGUACCAUUCACGACCUCCGGGUGGAUUCUGAUAUGGCCGAUAUCCUUUUUAACGCCCUCACCGAGCACGACAAGCCACACCCUGAUGCUCAUUGGACGGUGGAGAGGGUUACGCCCCAGGAAGAGGGAGUGAUCCUACCAGGCCUCGCAGGACCCGACAAUAGUGAAUCAAGAGAUAACGCACCGGUGGAAUCAUCACCGAGCACCAAGCCUGCAACAUCAACAGCCGCAUCAGCCAACGAAACCAUCGUGCCCAUGGGCACCUGUACAGUAGCUUAUAUCAACAUUUGCCUCGGACUUAAGAAGUGUGAAGACGCUUGCGAACACAUGGGGGCGGCAAAAUAUAGGUGGUUUCACACGGGGUGCUGUGAGUGUGUCGGAAGCACGUGCCUCAGCUACGGCAAGAAAAAAGCUCUGUGUAGGGAUUGUCCCAAUGAUUGAAAACUGCCAUCAAUGUACUUUAGAUCUUGGAAAAGAUGUGGAUUCCAUGCCGAGUUGAAUGAACAUUGAACAAAGGAAAGAUGAUUUUGUUUUCUUUUUCACUAUUGUGUUAAUAAGCAUUGUGUAUUCAUAUAAAAUGGUAAUGCAGUGAUUUACAGAGGAACAUGACAUGCAAGUGACCUUAUCCAGUUUCUAUCAAACGAUAUAUUUGGGGGCAAGAAUUGGAAGUGACUCUUAAAAAUAAUAUCAAGAUCUUUGAGAAUGACCGAAGUAACUUAACAAAACCUAAUUUUACCUUUAAAAAAACCCAAACAUUUUUUUUUAUGAUGUAGUACAUUCUUGUAAAUAAGAUGAUUCCCAUAUGUGUUGUAUGUAGCAAAGUAAAUCAAACUUGAACCAAAGGGAAAAAAUAUAUAUCUUUAAAACUUAUCUUUCAAAUUGCAAAAUAAAUCACUCUUAUUCUGGUCUUGACACAAUCCAUUUUAGAUAAACUUGCAUUCAAGAAUAUACCCUUUGAAGUUUGAACGUUGGCUUUCAAACAGAAUUUCUUUUUUGAUAUCUUCUACUUAGUGCAAGGGGUAUUUUUAAUGACCAAUAUUCACUUUCUUCCUAUCUUAUGAGGGUUUUUUUUACAAUCUAUUUAAGACAUUUUAACUCCUAUUUUGUACAUAUGUGAUAUAUUUAUUAGAAAUUGUCUAGAAUGUACAGUUUAAUAACUAAUAAUGUGAAAAAAAAUGUGAAGAAGUUUGAGGUAAACUUAAUAAUUAAUAUAAUAUUGUGUGGACAAAGCUUAUGAUGCUUUUGCCCCAAAUGAUUUUUGUUUAUGUCAAUGAUUUUGCAGUCUCAAACAGAUGAUUUUUUAACAAUUAACUUCUAGGGAUGUUUUUAGCUUCAUGUUCCAUUCAUUUACAAGUAACAUGUUUGGAAAACGUUUUGUGGGAAAAAUGAGGAAAUCAUGUUCUUUUACAAGUAAUUCAGUAUAAGUUAUACAGUAUAUUGAUCCAAAACAAAGGCUUUCAUAAGAUGUAUUUCAAAUAAAGAUAUUUUUCUAGAUAUUUGUGUGAAGUUCUGUUUUGGUUAAAGAAAAUUGAAAGAAAAGAGAAGAAACCACAAUUUUUUUUAUUUUUUUACAAAUGAACAACUCAUAUCAUUUUUUGGGGUCUUAUUCGAGAUGCUAAAAUAGGGAAUAUGUCUUGAACAAAAUACUGUAGAUUAUUCACUUAUAGUCAUGUGAUUGCCUCAAGUAAUAUGAAAUGACACAUGAAGGAUAAAUUGUGCUUGUAAUGCCAAUCCAACUCAUAUUUCUUGGUAAUUUUUUUUAAAGAAUUAUUAAUGUUCAUCAUGAUUUCAAUAAUCAAAUAUUGGCAUAACAGCUCAAGGAAGGUGGUCUCACAACCUGAAAUUAUUUGAAACAAGUAUGAUUAUUACAAUUACAUUAUUUUCAUGUUCUUUUUUUUAAUAUAAAGGAAACUCACUCAUGAUAACCAUUAAAAUAAAUGUAAUAAGUUGAAUAUGUUUGUGACCAAUGGGGUUUAUAAGACUUACAUUUGAUAUAUUCUACCCUCUAAAGAAUAUGAUUUAAAAAUAGAUUAGAUGUUCACCUCUGGUAAAAGAAAAAAAAAUGGUGCUGCUUGUUAAGUUUUGAUUAAUGAAAGGAUCUUUUAGCAACUCUUUCACGUACCCAGGUUAAUGUUUUUGAAUCCUCAUGAUGGAGACUCGCCACAAAAUUAUUUUAUUGCAAUAGUUUAGACCAAGGCAUUUUAAUUAUUAGUUUGAUGUUUGGUGUAACCAUCCUAGUGUCGGAGCGUCGUGGCCAAGUGGAUUAGUCUCCGGACUUUGAAAGAGAGGGUCGUGGGUUCAAAUCCCAGCCGUGGCGUAAUUUCCUUCAGCAAGGAAUUCAUCCACAAUGUACUGCACUCGACCCAGGUGAGGUAAAUGGGUACCGGCAGGAAGUAAUUCCUCAAAAAGCUGUGUGCACCUGAAUAGGUAGCCUAGCUUAGCCAGGGUAAUAAUAAUAGCAGAGCCCGCUGAAAGAACAGUUUUUCGGAACUGAAGUGGCUACCCUGGGUAAAUAUACCAUUAUUAUUAUUAUAUCAUUAGUAUUAUUCAGCUCAAUAUUGGUGGAAAGCAGUAAGUGACCUUGCAAAGUUUCCACCAUGACAUCUUGCUUCUGUACAAUCUGAACAAAUAAUUUUUUCUAAAACUGUAGGGAUAUAUGAUAUCUUUUUGUAUGACACUCUUGGCUAAUAAUAUCUUUAAGAAAGAAACCGUUUCGUUGAAACGUUUCCUACAAAAGUAUUGGAAUGAUUGUUUCCCAGCAUUUCUGAGAGCAUUAUGUUGUAAGCUUAGUCACCAAGCAGGUGUAUACUACCUAGGUGUGUAGUUCAAGCUUAUCUAAUUGGACAAUUUAUGAAGGAAGCGCCUGUUGGCUCGGGCCAGUCAGUUGUCGCUCAAAAUUCAACGAUGGCCGCAUUUUGGGCUGGUUAUUGUCUCUACUUAUGACAAGUCUAGGUCUGAUAAACUAAACAGUAUGUUAGUUAGUCAAACCGUUCAUGAUGAUAUAGGGAUGUUUAUCGUUUUUAUUGUCUUAUAUUGUAUUUAUGUCAAGGAUAUUACAUAUGUUUUUUAUUUAUUUUAGUUUUCAAGGGGAAGUUUUAUACUCAAGGUCUGAAGAAUGGAAAGGCUGAUAUUGUUUAAUCAUGUAUCGAAACUGCUGAAUAUUGACUGUCAAGUGUGAUCUUGUCUAUAUUUGUUACAAUCUAAAUCUGUAUGACCAGAUAUAUAGUAACAGGAAAGUUUAUGUUUGUUUUGAAAUUACUCUUCGGGCGAUUCAUAGCUCUUGAGCAUAUGGUCAAAAUCAAGUGAUUUAUAAUGUUCAGCAGAGACCGCUAUUACCAAUUAAUUUUUCUAGUUUAAAAAUGCCCAAGAAUCAUGAAGAAAACAAGUCAAUUUUACAAGAGCUAUUGAUGCAUUUGUUGAUGGCUGUUUAUUUCUAAAGGAUGCCUUUUUAAUAGCACAGUUGAACUCUUGAAAAGAAAGACUGGUAUCUUUUUAAAUUACCAAUCUCUAGAAAAGUGAAGAUUUUAACUACAAAGGGAAAUAACUUCAUUAAAAUUGCACCUGUGCUUCUUUGUUUGCUAAC